AGGGUUUCUCACUCUGUAUAUAUCAGUCCCCAAACAACCACCGUUCAGAGUGCGAGAGCCAUCCCUUCUAUAUCCUCCUUACCCUUCGUCGAGUCUCGGAUCUCCAUUUUUCGCACAACGAUGGGCAAGGGUCCUGGCCUUUACUCUGAUAUCGGCAAGAAAGCCAGAGAUCUUCUCUACAAGGAUUACCAGAGCGACCACAAAUUCACCAUCACUACCUAUUCGCCCACCGGAGUUGCUAUCACCUCAUCAGGAACAAAGAAAGGAGAUCUUUUUUUGGCUGAUGUCAACACUCAAUUGAAGAACAAAAACAUCACAACUGACAUCAAAGUGGAUACAAACUCCAAUCUUCUUACGACCAUAACAAUUGAUGAGCCUGCUCCUGGUCUCAAGACAAUCCUUAGCUUCAGAGUUCCUGAUCAAAGGUCUGGCAAGGUGGAACUCCAGUACUUGCAUGACUAUGCAGGGAUAAGCACCAGUGUUGGGUUGACUGCAAAUCCUAUUGUUAACUUCUCUAGUGUUAUAGGAACUAAUCUUGUUGCACUGGGCACGGAUCUCUCAUUUGACAGCAAGACUGGGAAUUUCACAAAAUGCAAUGCUGGAUUGAGCUUCUCCAAUGCAGACUUAAUUGCUUCGUUGACCUUGAAUGACAAAGGUGAUUCCCUGAGUGCCUCCUAUUAUCAUUCAGUGAACCUCCUAACCAACACAGCUGUUGGUGGUGAGGUUACCCAUAGCUUUUCAACCAAUGAGAAUACCAUCACUGUUGGUACCCAGCAUGCAUUAGACCCAUUGACCACAGUGAAGGCGCGGGUGAACAAUUUUGGCAAGGCUAGUGCUCUUAUUCAGCAUGAGUGGCGCCCUAAGUCGCUUUUCACCAUUUCUGGAGAGCUAGACACGAGGGCCAUUGAGAAGAGUGCCAAGGUUGGACUAGCUUUGGCUCUUAAGCCAUGAGUGUACUCGGCUCAUUUAUGGUGUGGAGUUUUCAGGUAGGUUUGAGGAACUUAGUUUAGUUCUCUUUUUGGACACACACUGUUGAUGGUUAUGACUUCUAAUUUCUCUUUCCAUGGCUUUGAAUUGUAAAAUAAAUAUUAGAUGGUGUCACAAACCAAACUUACAAUUUCCUUGAGUUUUUACAAUUUCACCACCUCCUCGUCCAAAUGGGGAUGAAUAGUUGUUAUCAAAGAGGUUUGACUUA